ACAAAGCAGGAAGCAAGCAAACGCCACUAACACAUCGAACAAAGAAGAACAAGAAGAAGUAGAUCAAACAAUUCGAAAGUCGAAACCAAAGGUUGAAGAAGACGAAUGAUUAUCCGACUCUCCAACACCGCCACCAUAACCAUGUUAAGAAGCUCCUCUCUUUCCUACCCUUCAUUCCACUCUCUCAUAUCUCGCCAACGCAACAAUCUGAAUUUCACCAGGACCUUCAUCUCCCUUACCAGAUUACGUCUUCCCCUGAAUCUGAAACACUCCAUCUCCACCAAAAACCAACCUCUCCGCACUGUUUGUAGCUCCAAAUCCGACAAUGGAUCCCAUCACCCUUCUUCUUCUUCUUCUCAGGGAGGUGAAUCAUUCUUCAGGGGAGUGUUGGCAAACAUGGAGGCUGUGUACUUGAGCAGGAACCCUACAGCAAAGUCAGUGUUGGAUCUUGUUGGGUCUGAGGAACAGAUUAGCUAUGAUCAUUUCGCGUUUAGGACCUUUGGGGUGAAUGGUUAUGGAAUUGAUUCUAUGGCUAGAUUUUUCUUGGAUUUCGGAUAUACUUCCAGGGAAGAGUUACGAUUCCCGGCUAAGAAAUUGAGGGCAUUGUGGUUUUCUCCUCCUAGUUAUGCGAAUUCUUAUGGUGGUGCUGGUGUUAAUGGGCCGUUGCCGAGAAUAUUCAUAUCUGAGCUUCUUGUUGAUCAGAUGAGUCCACAGACUCAGGAGAUAAUCCAUAAGUACACUGAAAACUCUAAUUCUGGGAAUAAGUAUGCUGCUCUAGCAAGUGCCGUGGGAACUUUGACUUGGGAAAAGCCAUUAUACUCAGAAUUUCAGCAAUUGGCUAGGGAAAGUGAAUAUGCUGCCUGGACCCUUGCCAAUGGGUACGCAGUCAACCAUGUCACCAUCUCUGCUCACCAGCUGAAAUCUCAAUUGAGAGAUAUUAAGAGCCUCAAUGAGUUCAUCGAGAGGAAUGGAUUCAGGUUGAAUUCUGAAGGUGGAAUUCUGAAAGUGAGCCCUGAUGGUCUUCUGCUGCAAAGUUCAACUGUCGCAGAUUCAGUUAAUUUCCAAUUUAGGGAUGGUCAAACCGAGUCAGUCCCCUGCUCCUACAUUGAGUUUGCUCAACGCCUGGUGCUGCCUCAGUACAGUAAUCUACCAGACAACGAGAUUCAAGAGCAUCACAGGAGGGAAGGAUUUGAAGUUGGUAAUGCUGACAAGAUCUUUGAGAGCACGUCGUCAGAGCAGCUGACCAGGAGGGCGGCAUGAAGGACUUCGUAAAUAACUGCAUGAUGAGAUCAUUUCAAUCCUUCAUGCAGCACCAGAAAUAAUGACCUGUUCAAGAACUAUAUCUUUGGUACAAGAAGCAAGGGUGACAUUUCUAUUGUAGCAACUUAUGCUCCAAAAAUUCUUUAAAAAAAAAAACUUAUGCUCUAAAAUUAAAGAGCUUGAAGCAUGUAAAUGUAUUUGGUAGAUGCAUUUAAUAAAUGAAGGUAGGUCCGAUGAGUUGCUCCAA